ACAUGGCGGGAGGGCCGGGGCGGCGCUGCUGUGUUGCCUUCCAGUUUUCUAAUUUGUAGCACCCGUAAGCUUCCUACAGGAGUCAGACCAUCUCUUCAACAUCCAGUACCCACUCCAGAGGUACGCCAUCAACUCAUUAUAACCGUCCCCAGCAGAGGUCCGCCCUGUCCCUUGAAAACACGGAGGAGACCUGAAUCAUGGAUGAUAAAGAUGCCAAGAAGAUUCGCCAGGGAGGCAGAGGAGCCGCAGUGUUGCAGGCCCUCCAGAAGAAAGCCCAACAUCCCCAACAAGUUCCACAGCCUAGCCUGUCACCUCAGCAGCAUGCUGUUCCCCCACCAGUAAACAGUGGGGCAAGAGGUGUGCUGGGAGAGGCAACAACCUUGUCCCCAACUUCACCACCACCACUAGACCAUGGAGAUGACACCCCAAAAUCCGAGACCAUGAGCCGUGGGAGAUUGCUAACCCAGUUGAUUCGCCAGCGAGCCACUGGUAGGGGGGCUGGUGGGGGGUCCUUGGUGAUGGACAAUUCUGGAGACAAGGGGAAUCUGGACAAGCCAGGUACAGCAAGUGGUGGUGCUGCAUCCCUUCCCCAGCGAGGCAGAGGGGAAUUGAUGAUGGCCCGUCUAGUGAGCACCAUCACCACGCAACCUGGAGCUCUGCCGUUGAAACCUGGUCCACAUCCCAGUUCCCGAGCCACCAGCCCACCAACCACCAAUGAUGAAGUGGAUUCAGCUGCUGAGGGCAUACAGGACCUCAGCAUGUCUGAGAGUGAGGCUGAGGUUGUGUCCCGUCAUGGUACUGAGGGAACCAAGUUUACUGGGCUGACCAACUGGAUUUACAUCUGCCGAGAAGGAGACAAGGCAAUAUUUCAGUACGAGGUCAAGUUUCAACCUCCGGUUGAUGAUUUGAGACUUCGCUUUCGUCUUCUUAGCACCUUUAAGGAGCAAUUGGGGUUUGCCAAGACAUUUGAUGGAAGCAUUUUGUGGCUCCCCGUAAGGCUGCCAAAAGAGAUUGUGGUGUUUGAAACAACAAACCCACACAGCAACGAGCCGGUCACCCUGAAGGUUGUGUACAAGAACUCAAAGAAGAUGGAUGAAUGUGUUCAGUUCUACAAUGUGCUCUUCAAUCGCGUGAUGAGGAAGCUGAAUAUGUCCAAGAUUGGAAAUAACUAUUAUGCACCAGGAGGCUCAGUUCUUGUCCCUCAGCACAAGUUGGAGAUCUGGCCAGGAUUUAUCACCUCUGUCUCCUAUCGAGAGGGUGGACUAAUGCUCUGUGUUGAAGUGUCCCAUAGAGUUCUUCGCACCAGCACUUGCCUCAAUGUAAUGGCUGAACUCUGCCAGAAGCAUCGAGGGAACUUCAAGGAUGCUAUCACCAGUGCCCUGAUUGGCUGCAUAGUCCUGACACGCUACAACAACAGGACUUACUGCAUUGAUGAUGUGCUCUUUGACCAAAACCCGUCAUCCACUUUUAUGAACCAUGAGGGCAGGGAGGUGAAGUAUGUAGACUAUUACCAAGACACCUAUGGCAUUAAGAUCAAGGACCUGCGGCAACCAUUACUGCUCCACAAAAUCAAGAAAAAAGAACAGAAAGAUGCUGGCAAAACAAAGUUGGUGUGUCUGAUACCUGAGCUGUGUUACAUGACUGGGCUGACAGACGAGAUGAGAAACGACUUCCAUGUCAUGAAGGACAUUGCCCAGCACACCCGUGUCACACCCACUGUUCGCCUAGCAUCCCUGAGGACCUUCAUCAAAAAUGUCAAUGAGAAUGAAAAUGCUUGCCAGAUACUUGCUGCCUGGGGACUUUCUCUCAAGGACUCCUGCAUAGCUUUUGAUGGGCGCAUACACAGUCAAGAGCCUAUUCGAUUCGGCAGUCAGGAGCUUAAGAGCUCAGAGCUUGCAGACUGGGGGCGGGAGGCAUGCCGGGAGAAAGUUAUUACUCCGGUAGAUCUAAAACCGCGGUGCUGGGUGAUCCUCUACACCCCUCGUGACCAGGACUGUGCACAAAAUUUCUGCAAUAUGAUGAGGAUGGUGGGUCGCAACCUUGGCAUCCAGGUUGGGGAGCCGGUGUUGGCACAGCUGCGGGAUGAUAGAACUGACAGCUAUGUUGGGGCCCUCAAGCAGCAGUACCACAACCAGCUUCAGUUGGCAGUCAUAAUCUUUCCAACCCAGCGUGAGGAUCGUUACUCUGCAGUGAAGCGCUUGGCCUGUGUGGACCUGUGCCUCCCAACUCAGUGCAUCGUGGCACGCACAAUCAACCAGGAGAGGAAGCUGCGUGCAGUGACUCAGAAAAUUGCACUGCAGAUUAACUGUAAGCUCGGUGGAGAGUUGUGGGCACUCAAGAUUCCACUGAAUGGACUCAUGGUGUGUGGCGUGGACGUCUACCAUGACAAGGCCAAUCGGGGGAGGUCUGUGGUUGGGUUUGUGGCCUCCAUGAACCAACCGCUCACCAAGUGGUACUCUAACAUCAGUUUUCAACACCCUGGUGAUGAGAUCAUCCACAAGCUGAAAAUUCUCCUGUUUGAAUCCUUGAGGAACUACCACGGAAUUCACCAUGCCUUGCCACGCUCCAUCAUUGUUUACCGUGAUGGUGUGAGUGAUGGGCAGUUGAAGAUUGUGGAGGAACAUGAGAUCCCACAGCUGGCCACAGUCUUCACGCACUUUGACUCCUACAACCCAAAACUGUCCUUCAUUGUGGUGCAGAAGAGACUGAAUACAAAGAUAUUCAAUGCUGUGGGACCAAGGGAACUAGUUAACCCUUACCCUGGAACUGUUGUGGACCACACCAUCACCCAGCGCCAAUGGUACGACUUCUUUCUGGUGUCCCAGCAAGUGAGGCAGGGGACUGUGUCACCAACCCACUACAUUGUGGUACGCGAUGGAAGUAAUUUGAAGGUAGACAACAUGCAGAGGUUGACUUACAAACUUACUCACCUCUACUACAACUGGCCUGGCACAGUGCGAGUUCCUGCUCCAUGUCUGUACGCUCACAAGCUGGCCUAUCUCAUUGGUCAGAAUGUGAAGAAAGACCCAGCUGCUGGUCUGUGUGACAAGCUCUUCUACCUGUAAGUUGGUCAUCUCAGGGAUGGUAGUUGUGCAUUUUGCAUGUUAGUACAUUAUGCCUUUACAAUGAAUGUAAUGUAAAACUUUUGAGCAGGAUGCUUUUAUUAUAGGCAAAAAUAUGCUUUAUUUUGUUAAUGCUACUAGAUAAAAGUCAUGCUUGAAGA